AUGGAUCCAGUAUCUUCGGGAUUGGACCCCACACUCCCUCUGGAGCCGUUUGGUAAUACCACAGAUGCCACGGGCGGCGAUUCGAGGUUAUACAAUCUCAAUGUGUUCUACAACCCCGGCGACAUCGCUUGGAUGAUCACAUCAACCGCCCUCGUGCUUCUCAUGAUACCGGGUGUAGGAUUCUUUUACUCCGGAUUGGCGCGAAGAAAGUCGGCGCUAUCGCUACUAUGGCUGUCUGUCAUGGCGACCGCGGUCGUUUCUUUCCAAUGGUUCUUCUGGGGUUACUCUCUAGCCUUUUCGCACAAGGCUGGCAAGUACAUCGGCGCGCUGGAUAACUUCGGUUUGAUGAAUGUGUUGGGUGCGCCUUCGGUGGGAAGCCCGCGGAUUCCCGAUCUCAUGUUCUGUGUCUACCAGGGCAUGUUCGCUGCCAUCACUGUUGCACUUGCCGUUGGAGCCGUGGCCGAGCGAGGACGCAUGCUGCCUUGCAUCAUCUACAUGUUUGUCUGGACGACGAUUAUCUACGACCCGAUUGCGUGCUGGACCUGGAACCCAUCCGGAUGGGUCUUUCAGAUGGGUGGCUUGGACUUUGCCGGCGGAACUCCCGUCCAUAUCGCUUCCGGAUGUGCUGCCCUCGCCUACUCGUACAUGCUCGGAAAGCGAAGUGGUCACGGUACCCAGGAGCUCAACUACCGUCCCCACAACGUCACGCACAUCGUUAUCGGCACCGUGUUCCUCUGGGUGGGCUGGUUCGGUUUCAACGCUGGUUCCGCGCUGUCCGCUAACCUUCGCGCUGUUAUGGCCGCUGUAUGCACCAACCUUGCUGCUUGUGUCGGGGGUAUCACAUGGUGCCUAGUUGACUACCGUCUCGAACGCAAGUGGUCAACUGUUGGCUUCUGCUCUGGUGUUAUCGCUGGUCUCGUCUGCAUCACUCCUGGUUCCGGAUACGUUCCAGCCUGGGCUGCGGUGGUGUUCGGUGUAUGCGGUGGUGUCGCUUGCAACUACGCGACUAAGCUCAAGUACUUCCUGCGCUGCGAUGACGCCCUCGACAUCUUUGCGGUUCACGGCGUUGGUGGUUUCAUUGGAAACAUCCUUACUGCCUUCUUCGCUGCUGACUACAUAGCGCAUCUUGAUGGAUACACCGUUAUCGAUGGUGGAUGGCUCAACCACCACUGGAUCCAACUCGGCUACCAACUCGCCGACUCCUUCACCGGCGGCGCCUACUCCUUCCUAGGCACCUGCCUCAUUCUCGGCGCCCUCGACUUCAUCGGCCGCUUCAUCCCCGCCUUCAGACUGCGUGCAACUGAAGAAGAAGAAGCCGCCGGUAUCGACGACGUCGAGAUUGGCGAGUUCGCUUACGACUACGUCGAGCUCACGCGCGAAGUCAAAAUUCCCGACGACGACAUCAUCGAUGAAGGCAUGUCGACGCAUUCCCUCGAAGGACACGGCGCAGGCAUGGCCAUGACGAGCCACCACGAGAAGAAUCAAGACUCUGUUGAUUCGGCGAAUCAGCUCGCGGAAUGGGCUCAUCGCGCAUAA